CUGCCGCGGUAGGUUACCUCUUUCUCCUUUACUUCAAAUCCUACUGCGUAAUCCGCAAUUCAAAUCCAAAAAUUCCGCCUGCUUUUCCAUCGAUUUUGUUUUUUGAAUACAAAAUGAGCAAGGAGCAGCUCAGGAGGCGAUGACGCUGUUAUCCAAGUCACGGUGGAACAGAUUCAAUCUGUGAUGCAAGUCAAUCAGGAAACACUCAGUCUGCGAUGAGCUCAGCAAACCAAGUCCUCUUGAGUGUAAAACAUGUUCAGGCGGUAAAUCAUGGAUGGCAACAGGGGCAGCGAAUUCAUUUUCGCAGCUGGUAGCUCGCACUUUUUAAGACUGGCAGCCAACCGAGAAGUGGACAUGGCAUUACAGUUGGGAGAGGCCCAGAAGUCUUCGAGCCUUUUGAAGCCUAUCGACACGAUGCACAAACUCAACAACCGAGAGCUGGGUGGCCUGGAACGUGAGCUCCUUGACAAAUCUUCAAAGUACCAUGAAGCUGUUCCCAAAGCAUCACAAAAGAUCGGCAUCCCCAAGACAACAGCAGAUAUCAAUGCAGAUAGUCUCAUGAGGUCGACAUUCGUGCGCAAUGCUGUUAACGCAGCAGGCAUUAAUCUGGCAAAUGAAUCAUGUCGUAGCAUCAUUGGAUUUUCGUGGGGGGCGGAAGGUCCCAGUAUUAGUAGGGGGAAGCAUUAUGGGUAG